AUGGACGCCCAGACGCAGUUGCCAACUUUCACGCUCGCCGUCUACGUCGGAGUGCUCGCCAUCAUCGUGGUGCUCGCCGUGGCCUUCACCAUGCUUCGCAUCUACGCGUACCGCAACAGGCUGUCGACUGUCACGAUCAGUGCCAGCUACGACGCGGACGCUGAACUCGCAGAUGCCAACAGCAACGCGCUCAUCGCGACGACGCUCAGUGCGCUGGGGAGUCCACUGCCCGAUUUCCCCGACGAACCGCCUGUGACCAGCAAGACGUCGAUGCUCUCCAGCUUCGGCAGCAGCCGCUGGGAACAAGUCAGGAGCUUCGUCGCCGGUAUUCGCAGCAGGGGGACCACGGCGUGGUCUUCACUUCGCCAACGGUUCGCUAGUCGAAGAGCGAGCAAGACAUCGAACCGGAAGACUGACUAUCGUGGCUCGCAGCCUGAUGUUGACAUCGUCACGCCGUGUGAUAAUCACCUCAAGCUCCCGUUCCAGCUCAGUCUGUUUCGCUCGCCGGCGUCGGACGAUGUUGGCAUGAUCUAA